UGUGUCAUUCCGAGAAACAAUCCCAGCUUUUAAUAAAGAGCCAAAGUACAAACAAAACACAAACACAAAUACAAAUACAUAUACAUAUACAAAAACACCAACGACAGUAACAGUUGGAGAGUAAAGGAAACCAAAAUGGCCGAACCGGAGGAAGAGAAGAACUCGGCCUUCUCAACUAUUCAAAAGUCAACGGAUCACCAAAACAUAGAACCGUUCAUGGACUUCGAAGAUCUUGAUAUUGGUUCCUGGCAGUUGGAUCAAAUCUCCUUCUUCAACGACAUUAACGGUAACACUAACGACCAGCUCCAGCCCAUGUCACCGUUCUUAAUCUCGAACUCUGACCAUAACUACUCUUCUCUCUGGGCUUUGGCUGAUGAAAACGAAGACUUAGCGCAACCCAGCUCAGCUCCCCUGGAGCUCUCCUGUACUCCCUAUUUAGAGACUGAAAAGCCAAUGGAGAAAGAUGAUAUCACGAGGUUUCCUUCUCCACUUGUAGGACAGUUGCCCCUGGAUAACCCAGAUGGGUAUUUUGUAUUCAAGGAGAGGAUGAUGCAAGCUCUUCGGCACUUCAAAGAUAUGACAGAACAAAAUGUUCUAGCUCAGAUUUGGGCACCUGUAAAGGAUGGGAGUCGGUAUGUGCUCACAACUUCAGGGCAACCUUUUCUUAUUGGUACACUUGGCAAUGGACUUCAUCAGUUUAGGGCAGCCUCUGUAAUGUAUAAAUUUGCUGUCAGUGAAGACGGAGCGCUUGGGCUUCCUGGCCGUGUGUUCCGGCAAAAGUUUCCGGAAUGGACUCCAAAUGUGCAGUAUUACUCCUGCAAAGAGUAUCCACGUCGUGUUCAUGCCCAGUGCUUUAAUGUUCAGGGAAGCUUGGCAUUGCCUGUGUUUGAGCCUUCUGGCCAGUCCUGUGUUGGUGUAGUUGAGCUCAUCAUGAACUCAUCAAAGAUCAACUAUGCACCUGAGGUUGAUAAAGUGUGUAAAGCACUAGAGGCAGUCAAUCUGAGAAGUUCUGAGAUAUUGGAUCAUCCAAACACACAGAUUUACAAUGAAGGUCGCCAGAAUGCACUAGCUGAAAUUUUGGAGAUAUUGGCAGUAGUGUGUGAAGCACACAAAUUGCCUUUGGCUCAGACCUGGGUUCCAUGUGAGAAUCGCAGUGUUCUGGCCCAUGGUGGUGCUCUGAAGAAGAGCUGUGCUAGCUUAGAUGGUAGUUGCAUGGGACAAGUCUGCAUGUCUACAACUGAUGUGGCAGUCUAUGUUGUAGACCCUCACAUGUGUGGUUUCCGCGAGGCCUGCAUUGAGCAUCACUUACAAAAGGGCCAGGGGGUUGCUGGGAGAGCAUUUUUAUCCCAUAACUCAUGCUUCUGCGGAAACAUUACCCAAUUCUGCAAAACUGAGUACCCCUUAGUACACUACACACGUAUGUUUGGGUUAACCAGCUGUUUUGCAAUCUGCUUACGGAGCACUCAUACUGGAGAUGAUGAUUACAUUCUAGAAUUUUUUCUGCCCCCUAGCAUCACAGACUUGUAUGAACAACAGAUUUUAUUGGGCUCCCUAUUGGAAAUGAUGAAGCAGCAUUUCCAGAGUCUUAAGAUUGCUUCUGGUAUUGAACUUGAAGGGGAAGUAUCUGUCGAAAUUAUUCAAGUUUCUACAGACGGGAUAGGGGAUUCAAGACUUGAAUCUGUACGAAUAACCCAAUCUAUAAAAUCACCACCUGGUCCUGACGGCUUGCACAUUGUGGAAGAUAUGGUGCAGCUAGAUUCAUCAGAACAGCAGUUAAUGGUUCACUUAAAUGACACAAAUAAUAAAGGGAUUGUUGCUAGCAAUGCGGGUGGAAGACUUGAUCAAUUUUCUUCUUUAGAGAAUGAAGACAUGAAAAAGAUUUCAGAGAGGAGACGCAGAAAAUCUGAGAAAUCAAUUAGUCUAGAAGUUCUCCAACAAUAUUUUUCUGGGAGUCUUAAAGAAGCUGCAAAGAGCCUUGGUGUUUGCCCGACUACAAUGAAGCGCAUUUGUAGGCAGCAUGGAAUCUCCCGAUGGCCAUCUCGCAAGAUCAAGAAGGUCAACCGUUCCCUAUCUAAGCUACAGCGUGUAAUAGAUUCUGUUCAAUGUGCUGAAGGAACAUUUGGUUUAGGUUCUCUCACCACAAGUCAAAUACCUGUAUCUGUUGGCUCUCAUCCUUCCAGUCUGAACAGGUCCAAUAAACAAACAUCACCAAGCUUUAAAGUCUCUGAACCUCAGGAAAAGAAUGGAUCAUCCACUUGUAAAAUGCUUGAUGAACAGGCAGCAAUUGGUGAUCAAUUGCUUAGAGGAAGAAUGUUGAGUCCACAGAAAGUUAUUCAUGAUCAAAGUAGAUCUCCACCAGAGCAUGGUAAAAGCUCAAACAGUUCCAAAACGAGGAGCCGUUCAUGUGAAGAGAGUGCUGGGACUCCCAAUUCCCAAGGUUCAUGCCAGGGUAGUCCCCCAAAUGAAAGCACACUGGUGGGGCAUCCAUAUGUUUCUGCCAUUAAUGAGCAAUGUGUAAAUGUGGAGGGCUCUCCUGAAUCGCCAUAUCAACUCACAGCAGCACCAAAUAUAUCACCUACGAACUCAAUACCUGAUGCUUUUUUGAUGACAGAACCUCAAGAAUUAUUUGGAGGAAUUCUGAUUGAGGAUUCUGGAAGUUCAAAAGACUUGAGAAAUUUGUGUCCUUCAGUAGCAGAUGCUAUGGUGGAUGAACAGGUCCCAGAAUUUUGUUCGACAAACCCUCCAUGUCCCAGUAUGGCUUCCAACCAACCUAUUCCUUCUCUUGUUCACAAAAUGCCUCAUGUUACAGCUAGAAAUGAGAUGAAGAGUGUGAUAAUAAAGGCAACAUAUGGAGAGGAUAUUAUUAGGUUUCGGAUCUCUUUGAAUUCCGAUAUGUUGGAAUUGAAAGAAGAAGUGGCGAAAAGGUUGAAAUUGGAGGUGGGUACAUUUGAAAUCAAGUAUCUGGAUGAUGAUCAUGAGUGGAUAUUGAUAGCCUGUGAUGCUGACCUGCAGGAGUGCAUGGAUAUUUCAAGAUCAGCAGGCAGCAAUAUGAUCAGGCUUUUGGUUCAAGAUGUAAUGCCCAAUCUGGGUAGCUCCUGGGAGAGCUUUGGGGACUGAGGAGUGGGGAUUAGAUUGUACAUAUUAGUCAAGUUUAAAGCCCCAUUCUUGUAGUGAUAGGAUGCUAGGUUAGUUGUAGAUAUUGGUUUUGAGUAUGCUAAAGUUGUAACAAAUUUUCCAUCAAAUUAAAGAAGUGGAAAAUUGUACUAGCGGCUGAGAAUCAUUUCUUUUCAUAUAUGUACUGAUAGUAACUCUUUACAACUAGGAAGUAGGAACCCUCAUAAUAUGUACAAAGUUUUCCUCCAAAGACUAUUCUGCCAUGAAACCACCUCAACGUAUGUAAA